AUAUGACAUGUCGGCGGAGCACACCAUUUGCCACUCAAGUACACACUUCUAGUGAGUAGGACCUCUUGUUCGAAAAGCGCAUUUCUCGCGAACGAAGCUCGCUGUUCAGCAAAUAAAUGCACUACUGUUGUUGUGGCAGUUACUGCAUAGCUUUAGUAUCACAAUAAAUAUUAUUAUUACGCCGAGUCGUGUGUUUAUUAUUUUCUCUUUGGCAGGCACAGGGCUCUUGUGCAUUCAUCAAUCACCAACGACCAUGAGGAUGAGACAUCCCAGCAUGUCCGUCUUUUCAGGUGCUUCUUCUAUGCCCAGUUGGUGUGUGCUCAGCAGGGGCUUCGCGCCCUCGUCGUCCUCGUCUUCGUCACUGCGCUCGUCAAGAAGAUGGGUCAUACCGUCGAAGUCCUUUUGCUCUUCAUCACGGGGACUCCUGGUGCCGGCUAUAAAUUCAUCAACGUUAGUGUCUCAUCGUCUAUGCCCGAGCAGGAGCUCAGCUGCGAGUACUCUUAUACAAAUGAGCAGGCCUCUUCAUCUCCUGAGCAACUCCUCCCUUAGCGGAGGACAUCAAGCACCCCACUACGCACUGGCCACUAGUACAACACAUCAUCAGACCAUCUCUCGUCGCCACAAAAGCCGGACGAGCUUACAAAGACGACCACAUGACAAUCAUUUUAAACCCCUACCCAUCGUCCCCUAUGGUGUACGGAUGUCCAAAGCCUAUUCCCAGUCGAAGAGAAGUAUGCGCAGAGCAGCAGUACAUGGAAGGAAAAUGAUAUGGCCUUCCCCUCUCUGAAAUCUAAAUGUUACAACUCCCCGUGGUGACAACAUUACCUCAAGUUCUUACAGGUAUAAUAUAAUGAAUGAAGUCUGUUGUAGCAGGAUAGCGAUAUUAGCGAUAUUAGCGAUAGAUGUGAAAAAAUAUGAAUGUACUUACUAGUUUUGUUGGCAUAUUACUAUUACUUACAACCUACGUUCUAAGGCAAGAAGAACGCACUGGCAUUUUGCUGGAUACCAAGAAAUGCCUACGGAUGGAGGCUAAGCGCAACAGCGGGAUUGGAUGGACGAAGUCGCUGAAAUUGUUGAAGCAUUUAGAAGUCCAUGUCCGGACUAAGGGGCCACCGUGUAACCAAGAAUUUAUUAAGGUUUGGAUUUUCUGUGGCUUUCCUACUUGAAGAAGCCAUAGAGUAGAUGCGAAGAUUGUUUGAUUGUUAAGAAACUUUCUCUUAAGAAUCACAAACAAUCUUCGCAUCUACUCUAUGGCUUCUUCAAGUAGGAAAGCCAUAGAAGCAAGAUAUGCGAGCUAGAGACGGAAACUUUCUUCAACCCCUAAAUUUAGAGACAAAGUAACCCAGAUAGCAUGGAGACUGAAACAGCAGCGGCCAUGAUGUACGAAGAAGAGAAGGAAGAUCAAGAAAAGCAC